GUUCGAAUAGCUUCUCAAACUUCACGCUCUGCUCCCCGUUUUUAAUUAGUUUCUGAUAUAACGCGCAGAAUGGAAACAACUUUAACAAUUUUGUACCUUUUGCUGCCUGCUCUAGAAGUGAUUACUCAAAAUAUAAGCCCAGAGGACAAGAGGAAACUUGAAACGUACCUUCAUUACCAAAAAGAGGAAAGUGAGGCAAGGGAUAAAGAAUACAAUCCGAAGCAUGGUUACGAACCGUAUUGGGUGGACGGUCAUUGGGUGUUCCAGACGCCCACAGUGAAGGAAGGCGAGACCACAACCCCAAUGCCACAAGUCUGCGGGGAUGAGUGCAGUUAUCUGUACCAGCCAAUCCGCGAAGUCUGCGGACGUGACAUAGCAGAUACGUCCAUAUCGGGUUGCCUCUACCUGGGUUUCCUGAAACGCUGUGACAACGCCGAAAUGGACGACCACAUGGCGUAUGGCUACAAAACCUUCAACACCUACUGCGAAUUCCUCGACGUCAAGUGCAAAGAUGCCGAGAAGGAUAAACAUUGGAUGUUCGUCCACGUAGGCGCUUGCAAGGACCAGGACACCGUGAUAAAAGAAAUCCGGGAACCAAGCAAACUCCACAGCCGAUUGAACCAAUACCUACCACAAAUAGAGCAGACUGCUAAUGAAAGAAACCUCACAGCGUUUGCAUAGAUUAAACCGUUUUAAAAAAAAUAAAAAUAAAAACAUUUUCUACAGAGUA